UAUCAUAGGAAGCCCCGGAGCUUUUGUACUCUGGAAGUUUUCAAGUCAGCAGCAGCUUGGCAAGCAACUAUGGCAAAGAGACUUUUUAAUGUGGAUUUUUAGUACAAAGAAAACUAAAACCAAGCUGACCAGAAAGACUGGAAUUUCAGCUCUCUCUCUCGCCCCCUCAUAGGAUUUCUCUCUCUCUCUUUCUACAAGCCCUUUAAAUCAGAUUACUGGGUCAGUGACUUUCAUUAUCCCUCUUAUACCAGUAUCCUCUUGUCUUCAAGCUCCUGACGGAAUAUUGCUACCUCAAUUCAAGCGAUCCAGUUUAAUAGUCCACAUGUUCACGGAUUAGCAGACAUUUAAAGCACUCUGAAAGCACAUCCAUCAUUUUGGUCACGAUUGAUCAACGAGUUUUAUUAACGUCCAAGAACACUUUGAAAGCCGCCCUUGUCCAAAUUUCAAUCACAAGGGCACAUCUUAAUAGAAAACAUAGAGUACGUUAUUGCCUGCGACUAAAGUUGUUUCCCUUGAUUAUAUGGUGAAACUCUGCUGGAGAACGAAGAGAAGACCUCUUUUGUUUAGGACUUUUACUAGUUGAAGGGAACUGGAUUUCCCUAAUAAUAUGAAGCGUUUUGAGAAUAGCUGUCUGUUUCCACUGCUCGCUGUUAUCCUGAGAUGCGUCUGCUCCUCCUUUAUCAGUGUCAACCUUGGGGUGAAAGUGAUGAAGGGUCAGUCUGUCUUCCUGUCAGAAGAUGACCUGCAGUUUUCCAUCCCCAGAGAGAAAGAUGCUUGCAAAGUGGAAGUUGUGAUUAAUGAGCCAAUAACACAGAGGGUUGGGAAACUAACUCCACAGGUAUUUGACUGUCAUUUCCUUCCAAAUGAAAUCAAGUAUACUCAUAAUGGCUGUCCAAUUUUAGAUGAAGACAUGAUCAUGCUUAGGCUGUACAGAUUUACAGAAACUGAAACAUUCACAGAAAUGUUCAUCCUUCAAGUGCAAUUACUUGAGCCAGAUUGUAAUAUCAUCAAAAUGAGCACCAAUGUGCUGGAGGUCCCUGAAUUUUAUGGCCUGUCCAGGGAGAUUGACAAGAAUGUGCUCACUUUUGACUAUGACAAGAAGACAAACCUGGAGUGCACCAUCAAACUGGCUUCUUUAGAAACUCUUCUACCAGCCCAUGGUCAACUUGUCAUUGGAGAACCUCAGCAAGAAGAGCCUCGUGGAGAUCAACCUCAUAGCUUCUUCCCUAGAUCCAAGCACAGAACAAGCCAAAGGUGCAGGAGUGGGCUCUGUGAUCCAGAACUGAAGAUGAUUCAGAACACCAAAAUGAGCUGUGAGGAAUUUUUGCUGAUGGGAAUUAGAUAUCAGCAUCUUGACCCUCCUUCACCCAACAUUGAUUAUAUUCCUAUCAGGCUGGACCUCACAGACAGCAGAAGCAAAACGCUGCACAAGACAGAGCAUGCAUGGCUCCCUGUCCAAAUCAAAGGUGCCAUUCCCAACCAAAUCCCCAGAGCUGCCUUCAUGGCUAUGUUCAUCCUGGAGGUGGAUCAGUUUAUUUUGAGCCCCAUGACAACAACAACGGUGGAUGCUGAAGACAGUGAAACACCCAAAUCCCUGCUAGUGUUCAACAUUACCAAGCCACCCCCACAAGGCUACAUCACUCAUCUGUUAGACCAUACCAAGCCUAUCACCUCCUUCACCUGGAAAGAUCUCAGUGAGAUGCUUAUCGCAUAUCAGCCUCCAAACAACAGCCAUACAGAGAGGAGGAAUUAUGAGGUGGAGUUAGAGGUUCAUGACUUCUACUUUGAAAGGAGUUCACCAAUCACUGUGCAUAUCUCCAUCAGAACAACAGAUACAAAUGCUCCUCGGGUUUCAUGGAAUACAGGCCUUGAUCUCCUGGAAGGGCAGUCCCGACCAAUCACAUGGCAACAGUUUCAAAUAGUGGACAAUGACAACAUCAGGGGUGUUCGCUUGGUCACAAUUGACGGCUUACAGCAUGGACGGCUCACUGUAAGAGGAGGGAAAGGAUUCAUGUUCACGGUCUCUGACCUGAGGGCUGGGGUUGUUCGCUACCACCAUGAUGACAGUGACUCUACAAAAGAUUUUGUGGUAUUUAGGAUCUUUGAUGGUCACCACAGUAUUCGCCAUAAGUUUCCAAUCAAUAUCCUGCCUAAAGAUGACAGCCCUCCUUUCCUGAUCAGCAAUGUUGUAAUUGAACUGUAUGAAGGGCAGACCGUUCUGAUCCAGGGCUCCAUGCUUCAAGCGUCUGACAUGGACUCCAGUGAUGACUACAUACUCUUUAAUGUUACCAAACCACCACAGGCUGGAGAAAUCAUGAAGAAACCAGGGCCGAACCUUAUAGGGUAUCCUGUCACUGGCUUCCUUCAGAGAGAUCUGUUUAAUGGACUAAUUUACUACCGUCACUUAGGAGGAGAAAUAUUUGAGGAUUCCCUUGAGUUUGUCCUGUGUGAUAGCCAUGACCCACCCAAUCUCUCAGAGCCACAGCUGGUGAUAGUGCAUAUUAUUCCUGUGGAUGAUCAGCUUCCAAAAGAAGCUUCUGGGGUUACCCGUCACCUCGCUGUUGAGGAAACUAAGAUAGCUCAUCUAACUAAGAAACAUCUCCAUUUCAUAGACAUGGAAGCACAAGAGAGAGAGCUCAUCUACACAGUAACCACCUCCCCAUUUUUCUCUUUUACUCAUGGCCCCUCCGAUGCUGGGAAGUUGUUUAUGGUGGACAGCAUCCCCAAGCUAGUCAAGGAUCCUUCUGUUCCAGCACUGAGAUCAUUCACUCAGCAUGCUGUGAACUACAUGAAAGUUGCCUAUAUGCCCCCUAUCCAGGACAUUGGGCCUGAACCUCAGCAUGUCCAGUUUAUUUUUUCAGUCAGCAAUCAGCAUGGAGGCACUUUGUAUAGGAUCUGUUUUAAUAUUACAGUUCUUCCAGUGGACAAUCAAGCUCCAGAGGUAUUUACAAAUAACUUGAAAGUGGAAGAAGGGGGACUGUGCACCAUUACAGGGAGCCAUAUUCUGAUGUCAGAUGUGGACACAAAACAGGAGAACCUCCACAUCUACCUUCAGAGGCUGCCGCUGCAUGGAAUGGUAGAACUGGAUGGAUUUCCCAUGAACAAAGGUGACAGGUUCACCUGCCAGGACUUGCACAUGUUAAAAGUCAGGUAUCAGCAUGAUGGCUCUGAGACUCUGCAUGAUGACAUCCUCUUUGCAGCCACAGAUGGGAUUAAUUCUUUAGAGUUUGUCCUACAGGUCAAGGUGCUACCUGUAAAUGAUGAGCCACCUAUCAUGAAAGAUGGCCUCAUUCCCCUAAUACAAUGUCCAGAGGGUGAGGAAGUGGUCAUCACCUCAGAGUACAUUUAUGCCACCGAUGCAGACAGCGAUGACAUGAAACUGACUUUUAUGCUGGCUCGACAGCCCUACUAUGGGGUUGUGAGGAAAGCUGGUAUCGUUGUGGAUCGCUUCUCCCAAGCGGACGUUGUCUCUGGAGUAGUGACCUACAAGCAUACUAGUGGGGAGAUUGGCCUGACUCCUUGUUUUGACACCCUAACCUUGGUUAUCUCUGAUGGUGAAGCUGGCAUGGAUGUGAAUGACUGCUGUUAUGAUGGACUUCUUCCUCCUCCAGUACCACUUCAUGAUUCCUUUCCAGUAUAUGACCUUAACAUGAGUGUAUUUCCAGUGGACAACCAGCCACCAUCCAUUGCAAUUGGUGCCAUGUUUGUUGUGGAUGAGGGUUUCUCAGCUGUCGUUACCGCUAACAAUUUGUUUGCUACUGACCCCGACACCGCAGCAGAUGACUUAGAGUUUGUUUUGGUUUCUCCUCCCCAGUUUGGUUACAUUGAAAAUAUACUACCUUCCCCUGGAUUUGAGAAGAGCAACAUUGGUAUAAGUAUAGCUUCAUUUCAGCUGAAACAUCUGAAAGCCUUGCAUAUAAAUUAUGUGCAGUCCAGGCACGUGAGGACAGAACCAACUUCAGACCAGUUUAUGAUUUAUGUCACUGAUGGGAAGCAUCAUUCAGUGGAGACCCCAUUUUAUGUCCUGAUCAACCCAACAAAUGAUGAAGUCCCAGAAUUCAUAGCAAGGAACAUAACUGUGCAGGAGGGCCAAAUGAAAGAACUGGAUCCCUCUGUAAUCAACGUUAUUGAUCUGGAUGUACCUCAAGAUCGUUUGAUGUUUACCAUUGUCCAGCAACCCCAGCAUGGAUUCCUCAUUAAUGGAGUUUAUGGCAAUGAUGUUAUGAAUUACAAAAGAUUCAUUAACAGUCACCACAAUCAUGAACGUCCUGUGCAUAACUUUUCCAUGGAGCUUCUUAAGAAUGGAAUGAGGCUGGUGUACAUGCAUGAUGACUCUGAAAACCUCAUUGAUGGUUUUACACUCCAGCUGUCAGAUGGGAAACAUAAAGUCCUCAGAACCAUUCUGGUAAAGGUCAUCCCAGUUAAUGACGAGAAGCCAAUGCUGAGCAAGAAGGAUGAGAUAGAGGUGAACAUGGGUGAAACCCGAAUAAUUUCUAGUGCUGUUCUGUCAGCCGAAGAUAAAGACACCUCCAGGGACAGAAUUUACUAUUUAUUUGAAAGAAUUCCAGAAAAUGGGCAGCUUCAGCUCAAGGUAGGUAGGGACUGGGUGACGCUCCAAACUGAAAUGAAGUGCACCCAGGAGGAAAUAGAUAUGAACCUUGUGAGAUAUGUGCAUACAGGAGCUAUGGGGUCCAGGAACCAAGACAGCUUCACAUUUCAUCUGUGGGAUGGGGACAACAAAUCCCCAGCAAUGGACUUCUAUAUAACUAUCAAGGAUAUGGAAAAAGGGGACAUUGCUGUUUUUGUGAGGCCACUUACUGUAUCUAAGGGGGAUAGAGGUUUCUUGACAACUGAUGUUCUCCUUGCAAUUGAUGGAACUGAGAAACCAGAAGAGCUCCUCUAUGUGAUAACCUCGCCACCUCAGUAUGGACAGAUAGAGUAUGUCAGCUAUCCUGGAGUCCCUAUUACAAGUUUCAGCCAAAUGGAUGUAGCAGGUCAAGCAGUCUGCUAUGUCCACAAUAGCAAGGCAGCUGCUCCCCGAGAUCUGUUCAGAUUUAUCAUCAGCAAUGGACUGAAGACUAAACACGGAACGUUCGAGAUCACGCUGGAGACACUGGACCAAGCUUUGCCCGUAGUGUCUAGGAACAAGGGGCUAAGAUUAGUGGAAGGCACUAUGGCACUCCUUUCUCCUGAUGUCCUGCAGCUUUCAGAUGCAGACACUUCCUCAAAGAACCUUACUUUCCUCUUGGCACAGCUCCCUCAAUAUGGCCAGCUGUGCUACCGAGGGGCUGUGCUGCUGCAGCACAAUUUCACUCAGCAAGAUGUGGACAACAUGGACAUGGCAUAUAGACACGGAGGAGGGGCUUCCCAGAUUGACAGAUUUACAUUUGUUGCAACAGAUAGGACUAAUGAAGGCUUCAUCGUAGAUGGGAAGGUGCAAAUGGAGCCUGUGGCAUUCACCAUUCAGGUGGACCAUUUGGACAAAACUGCACCAAAAAUUGUUCACCUCCAUUGUUCUUCAGAUGUGGAGCUCCUGAAAAAUGGCAAUUAUGGGAUUUACAUUACUGCCAGGUCCUUGAAGGCAUAUGACCCCGAUACAGAAGAGGACCAAGUCAUUUUUAAGAUUUUACGAGGUCCUCGUUAUGGCUACCUGGAAAAUAUAACAACAGGUGGAUUUAUCCAGGAAGGAUUCAGUCAAAAGGAUUUAAAUGGCAAAAUCAUACUUUAUGUCAUCAAUCCAUCCUGGGAGGUGAAUUCAGACAGCUUAGAGUUUCAAGUCACAGAUCCCACCGGAAACUCUGCUGCCCCGCAAACUCUGGAACUGAGGUGGUCUCAAAUUGAAAUACAACAGGCUGAGUACGUGGUGUGUGAGAAUGUGGGAAUGUUGCCUUUGAAAAUCACCAGAUUGGGGCACUCCAUGGACUCUGCCUUUAUUGCAGUGAAGGUUAAUGAAGUGACUGCUACAUUGGGAAAGGAUUUUACUGUGACUCCCUCUAAGCUCAUUCAGUUUGAUCCAGGAAUGUCAACCAAGACGUGGAAUAUAGCAAUUACCUAUGACGGAUUAGAGGAAGAUGAUGAGGUCUUUGAAGUAGUUCUGAACUCCCCUGUGAAUGCAAUUCUUGGCACCAGGACAAAAGCUGUAGUGAAAAUUCUGGACUCAAAAGGAGGUCAAUGCAGCUCUUUCCAUUCCUCUGGCCAAAACAAGCACAACUUAUGGGGGACAGGCGCAUUGCUUACAGUUUCCUCAGGCUCCUCAUCGCCCUCCAAUCCUGGCACUGUUCACUUGGAAGAAAUCCCGCUGUCCUCUUCCAAAGAGAUGAUGGUGCAGAGAGGCGAUGUGUUACAGGAAUUCAACUUGCUGAAUCUGUCAAGGAUAAGGCUUAGAGCUGUCAGAAAUGGCAAAACAGUUUAUCCUUCAUCUGUGUUAAGAAAUGGAACCAAUGUGGCUUUUAAAUAUCAUGGAUUGGUCUCUCUCAGAGUAGAGGAUGACACCUCAUCAGCUAAUGCAAACAAGGCUAACAAGUCAAUAAUUAACCAAGGGCGGACAAAGAUAAAUGUGAUCUCCUCCAGGAAGACGGAAGUCCCACAAGCUGAUAAGGCAGAGUUGAUGUCUGAAUCACACUCUAACCAACAGGACCUGGUCCUCUCCUUUCCAAAGAGCUGCACACCUGAUUUAGAGGGGCUCUUGCAUUUUGAAGAAAGUACCCAAAACUUAUUUCAGUGUGAUGGAAUUUCGUGGAAGUUAUGGACUUCAAAAAGCAAGGAUGUUAGCAUGAAAAAAUGCCCAUCUGGAUGGAGCCAUCAUGGAGGCAGCUGCUAUUUCCUGAUCACAGACCAGAAAGUCACUUGGAAUACAGCUGCUCGGGCUUGCCGGGAACAAUACCUUGGAAGUCUAGCAAGUGUGGUCACGAAACAACAUAUGCAGUGGCUGUGGGACUUCAGUGGAAGGAAACCCUUUUGGAUAGGCUUUAAUGACCAAGUUAAUCCUGGCCAUUGGGAGUGGCAUGGAGGAGAACCUGUCACCUUCACAAACUGGAGAAGAAGUCCAUCUCGCCUUUCAAAGCAAGGAAAGAAUUGUGUUUUGGUGCAGAGGCGAGGGAAAUGGCAAGCAAAAGACUGUAGGAAGGGUAAUAGGCACAACUAUAUCUGCUCAAGAAAGCUGUAAACAAAACUGACACUCAUACCCAUCUGGCCUUUCUUGUGCACAGAAUAUUUAACUUAUAUUUGCAGUAUUCUGAGGGUAUAAGUGUAGAAAAGAAACUUUAUUAUCAUCAGGGUUUAUUUUUAUACUCCUGCUGUGAUAUAUUAGAAUCAAAUCGAGUGAAUGGGGUAGCACAGUGCUAAGCAUAGCAAGGAAGGGGUGGGCAAAUAGGUUCUCAUUAGAGAAAGACUCCGUAUAGAUCCAGAAUUCAAGCACCACCAAGUUCCAGAAUGUUUGGUUCUUGGUUUAGGUUUGAGCUCAUUACACCAAUAGGGACCACUUGCAAAAUUCAGAUCUGAAUCCAAUUUCAGUUUUCAAACACCGCCACAGCAUUUGGAUCUGUCAUUUGUUCUAAUGAGAUGCCCAAAUUUUGUUACACCGAAGACUAAAGCCUUAGGUUUUACACCUAAUUGCCAUGUAAAUUUAUUCAUGUAUUUUUAAACAAAAAUAAACGAACACAACAGUCAACUUGCAAGUUCCAUGACUGGUGAAUGUAAAUUGUCUGUUGUUUGAAUUCAGCAGCAAUAAAACUUACAGAUUUGCAGUUCUAUUAGCUUUGUUUUCACUUGCAGUUAUAGCGAGAGAAGUGGUGGGGGGAGGGGUAAUGGGCUCAUCUGCAGAGUGAGCUCUGUUGCUGAUAUUGGGUUGCUGUUAGGGAUGUGAGUGCUUCUAUCAUUGCUGUCCUAGCAUGGUACCUGAUCCAGACCUCACUGGAGUCCAUGGGAAGAAUCUCAGUGGGAGUUGGAUCAGGCCCACAGUGCAGGAGUACCACGGGGAAGGAAGUCUGCUUUUGUCUUCUCCUCACCUUGCCCACCUGCACAAUAAUAAAUAAAUAAAUAAAUAAAUAAAUGGUAAAUUUUCAGAAUGGAGAGGGGUAACUAGCAGUGUUCCCAAGGGUCAGUCCUAGGACCAAUCUUAUUCAACUUACUCAUAAAUGAUCUGGUGAAAGGGGUAAACAGUGAGGUGGCAAAGUUUGCAGAUGAUACUAAACUGCUCAAGACAGUUAAGACCAAAGCAGACUGUGAAGAACUUCAAAAAGAUCUCACAAAACUAAGUGAUUGGGCAACAAAAUGGCAAAUGAAAUUUAAUGUGGAUAAAUGUAAAGUAAUGCACAUUGGAAAAAAUAACCCCAACUAUACAUACAAUAUGAUGGGGACUAAUUUAGCUACAACUGAUCAGGAAAGAAAUCUUGGAGUCAUUGUGGAUAGUUCUCUGAAGAUGUCCAUGCAGUGUGCAGCAGCGGUCAAAAAAGCAAACAGGAUGUUAGGAAUCAUUCAAAAAGGGAUACAGAAUAAGACGGAGAAUAUCUGAUUGCCCUUAUAUAAAUCCAUGGUAUGCCCACAUCUUGAAUACUGUAUACAAAUGUGGUCUCCUCAUCUCAAAAAAGAUAUACUGGCAACAGAAAAGGUUCAGAGAAGGGCAACUAAAUUGAUUAGGGGUUUAGAAUGGGUCCCAUAUGAGGAGAGAUUAAAGAGGCUAGGACUUUUCAGCUUGGAAAAGAGGAGACUAAGGGGGGAUAUGAUAGAGGUAUAUAAAAUAAUGAGUGGUGUGGAGAAAGUGAGUAAGGAAAAGUUAUUUACUUGUUGCCAUAAUAUAAGAACUAGGGGCCACCAAAUGAAAUUAAUGGGCAGCAGGUUUAAAACAAAUAAAAGAAAGUUCUUCUUCACACAGGGCACAGUCAACCUGUGGAACUCCUUGCUUGAGGAGGUUGUGAAGGCUAGGACUAUAACAGGGUUUAAAAAAGAACUAGAUAAAUUCAUGAAGGUUAAGUCUAUUAAUGGCUAUUAGCCAGGAUGGGUAAGGAAUGGUGUCCCUAGCCUCUGUUUGUCAGAGGGUGGAGAUGGAUGGCAGGAGAGAGAUCACUUGAUCAUUACCUGUUAGGUUCACUCCCUCUGGGGCACCUGGCAUUGGUCACUGUUGGUAGACAGGAUACUGGGCUGGAUGGACCUUUGGUCUGACCCAGUAUGGCUGUUCUUAUGUCCAGCCACAAUCCAACCCCAAAGACUUUAGAUCCUAAUUGGAUCUGCCCACCUGGACCCAAUUGAAAGUACAAUCCUUAGGGAUUUGACGCCUUUUUUAAAAUUUAAGUUUAUUUCUGAGAGAGUUUUUAAAAACUCAGAAUUUAAUUGGAACAAAAACUAGAAAAAUAACUUCUUAAUGUAGUGUACUGGAUACACUACAGAGUUGCUGUGUCUAAUGAGUCUCUCAGGCUAACCUUUUUGCCUCAAUACCUAACCAAACGACAUCAGAGGUGAGCUAUACUGCAGUACAGUGAGGGUGUAAGUCACUCAACUGUGAAAGGCCUACACAACCUUCCGCACCAUUUAAGCUCCCCAGUAUGACUGCGUGGAGGGAAGGGGAAUGGAUGGAGUGACCUCACAGAGGGCAUCAGCACCCCCAGAACUCUGCAGAGGGGUCUCUGUGCCAGUUUGGAAUAGGCCAACAUGGAUGGGGCUGUUGGGGCCAGGCCAAAGCAGGCCAUGCAUGACCAAAUCUAAUCACCUAUUGCCACCUUGGGAGAACAGAGGGAUAGCAGUACAGAUGGCAGUAACUGUGCAGAAGACUGUGCAGCAGCCUUGCUUCCUGUUCUGUGGUUUUGUACGUGUUCCUAUCUGUAAAUUCCAUCACCCACCCCACUUAGUUCCCUCUGCUUAUCUUGAGGCUUUGUGCUGGGAGAGUUGGAUUUCAGCAUAACUGUACAGGCAAAGUCCCCAGUGAUCUCAAAGGGAGUUGUGCUUGAGUAUGAGCAGGGAAGGAUUUAGCCCUAUGUGUGUCACACUCUCAUUUAAACCAGCCUUAAAGUAAUUGAAGAGGAUUUAAGGUAGUUCCAUCAACAAAAAUGCAAACUGCAUAUGCUUAAUAGCCUCGCUAGAUUCUUUUUUCUAUACAAUAAUACGGCUAAAAAUCUUAUUUCCAAGAUAUUGUGAAUGUUUAGAUAUAAGAACCAUUUAAAUCAGGGGUUGGCAGCCUACGGCACGCUUGCCAAGGGUGGCAUGCAAGCCGAUUUUUGAUGGCACAUGAUGGCGGGCUGAGCCCGCCCCCGCUCUGGGGUUUCUGCUGCUGGCCCCUUGCCAGCUGGGGUCCCGCCGCCGGCCCCACUCAGUGCCCGCUGCUGGCCUGGGUGAAGGAACCCCAGGCUGGCAGCGGGCUGAGACCCUGGCUGGCAGGAGCCGGCGACCGGAACCCCAGAGCAGCGGUGGGCAGAGCUGCUCAAUCGCUGCUCUGGGGUUCUGGCUGCUGGCCCUUUGCCAGCCUGGGUCCCCUCCGCAGCCCCACGCACCUUGCUUCCAGUUGGAGUUCCAGCACAGGCCCCCUGCCAGACAGGGUCCAGGCCACCAGCCCUGCUCAGCUCUGCCAGCUCCACUCACCUCAGCUGCCGAUCUGGGGUUCCAGCCACUGACCUGCUGCCAGCUGGUUAACAACUGAUCACUCAGAAGCCUGUGUGCAGCUUAAAGUAUCCAAAUACGUGCCAGACAUUGGAAAACUCAGCAAGGAAAAGCAAGGGCAAGGAUCACACUAAACUGAUAAGAUCUGCAUUUUAAUUUAAUUUUAAAUAAAGCUUCUGAAACAUUUUGAAAACUUUGUUUACUUUAUAUAUAACAGUAGUUUGGUUAUAUAAUAUAGACUUUUAGAGAGACCUUCUAAAAAACGUUAAAAUGUAUUACUGGCACGCAAUAAAUGAAGACUCGACACACCACUUCUGAAAGGUUGCCGACCCCUGAUUUAAAUAAUUUCAUAAUAUCUGAAUUCUCUUUGAUCUUUCCUUAAAUUCAAGGAUAGAAUUUGAACAGGUUUUGUAUUUCUGGCAAGGAUACUGAGGUUCAAAGAAUGUAAUGAAUCCAAACCAGGUCAAUGAGAGCACUGGAUGGCUCAAGGGAUUGUUAGUUAGAGGGAUAUAAUAUGCUUCCAUGUAAGUCACUGGUUUGAAUACAUUUCCAUGUCAGUAGUGACAGAAAGUCGCCAUCUCAGGGAUGUUCAGGCCUGAUCCAAAGCCCACUGAAGUCACUGAAAUUGUUUUCAUUGACCUCAGUGGCUUGUGGAUUUGACUCCGUUAAAAUUAUGGUGGGUGGGUUGUUCAGGUGUUUGAAUUUGUGUUAAUAAAUGUAUAAUUAACAUUAUACAGAUCAAAUUUGCCUUUUUUUAAAACUAAUUUGGAAACAGAAAUCCAGAAGAGUAUGUUCCAGUUCCCUCUAGUGGGCACUACAACUGAGAAGUUUAUUUACAUUUUGAUUUGCAUUCAUUCUUUCUAAAUACUAGAGAGAAUUAUGUGUAUAGUCCUAUCAACACUGUGGUUCUACCUUAUUUAAAUCACUAGACUGGUGCUAAUCUAAUAUUUGUACCAAAAAUAGCAUGUUACAUGCAUUGUAUUUACUGUUAUACCUAAAUAUGUGCUGUAUACUAAUAAAAAUAAAUCCUAUAUGAUA